AUGGUUGGAGUGCCUCGUAGCAGUGGCUGCCGCCGGUGCGUAAAGCGCAGGGUCAAGUGUGAUGAAAGAGUACCGGGAUGUGCCAAGUGUGAGACAUAUGGCCAACCUUGCCCAGGAUAUGAUAAAGGGUUCAAAUUUAUAACGGGAAAACCCUAUCGAAGUAAGCGGAAACAGCCGGCUCUUCAUGUUGAGGCUAUUCCUGGGCAGCAACUGUCCAGCUCCGCAUCAUCCAACACAUCCUCAUCAUCACCCAACAUCGGGAGCGAUUCCUCAGAUUCUGGACUCAUUCUCUUUUCAAGAGAGGAGCCUUCAAGUUUGAUCUCUGCAGAUCUGAACAUCUUGCAGAGUAUCAAUGCUCUUGUUGAUGAUUUUACCCUGCCGGCCCCGGCUACCCAGAACCAUCGUGCUUCCCAUUGGUUUAGUCUCCUGCCGUCCAUCUAUGGCUUUAACCAGACCUUGGACGCUACCAUCAAAUCCUUUGUUGCACACCAUUUCGGAAAAUCCCUCCGAAAUGAAGAAAUGAUUGUGUAUGCCCGAUCUUCCUACGGGGAGGCAUUGUCUCGAUUACGCAAAGCCUUGACAAAUCCUUCCGAAUGUCUUUCAACUCACAUCUUUUGUGCGGUAGUAUUGCUUUGCACCUAUGAGCUUUUUACCGACACCGAGAACCCAGAGUCUUGGAUGCAACAUGCAAAAGGACUCGGCCAACUGAUCAAGGUCAGAGGACCCGAUCGCUAUCGAAACGAAAUUGAUAUUACUUUACUCAAAAAUUCCCGAGGGCUAGUCGUCAUGCACUCAAUGUUCUCCGGAGAAGCUUGCUUCUUAGCCUCGGAAGAUUGGCAUCAAAUGAUGCGACAGCAAUAUACAACAAGCUUACCAAGAGAACUGCACGACAUCAUCGAGGAAUUUUUUGCCUUCUUCACAUACACACCCAGCAUUGUCCAUAAGCUCUAUCAUUUGAAAGACAUGGACGUAUCAACCCCAGAAGCUUUCCAAGUCAUUUCAGCUGCUCUAGAAGAAACCCUGAUGCUGCAGAGCAGAACCGAUGCCUGGUACAAGCAGUACACUAAAAUCGCCCCUGUUCCCGCCGAGGCUCUGUCCGAGAGAAAUGAUCCCUUGUUCCCCGUCAUCUUGACCUACUCCGACAUGAUCUUUGCAACUAUAUACUGCGGGUAUUACGCUUGCAUGGUGAUCGUCCAUGAGGCAUUGAGAAUUUUCUGCUAUCCAGGCCCCCACGAAGCUAUGGUGGUCUACUUCCGGGAUCAAAUUUGCCGAUCUGUCGAGUAUUGCAGCGCUGGGCUACUCGGCCCUUACAGAAUGGGGUUUUCGCUACGGGUGGCUAUGGAAGUUGCCGAUUCUAUAACGAGGACGUGGCUUAUAGCUCGCCUGGGAGAACUUUCAAAAACCUACGCUGCAGCAAAGCCCGAGAACCAUACGACAAAAUUACUAUGA